AUGAGUGACGCCGAAGCAGCUGCGACGGCUUCUGAGGUCGAUGCAGCGGACAGCGCAGGGCGUGUCGAGGAGGAUGCGGCGCAAGGGGUCGAGAGGAGGCCGGAUGGAGGGGAUGAACACUCGGCGGGAGAGGUUGCGGGCUUGACAGAAGGUGGCACGGGUGAUGCUCGAUCUGGCAGUGCUGUCGCUACGAGCGGCGGCGCUCUCGCAGCGGCCUCUGCGGUCAGUCUCGCUCCAUCGGACGGUGCGGGCGAUUCGGUUUCUCCCGACACAUCAGCAGCGUCUUCCACGAUGAACGAGACGGCAAUGACGUCUGAAGCGCCAACGGAAUCCGUCAUCGCACACCCGCCUCCUCCGCGACAACGACGUCUCCCUCCUCCGCCAGCGAAAGGCAUCCUCCGACCCCCUCAGUCCUCCCACGCCGCUUCAUCCCGCUUCUCCUUCCGUCGCGACAUCCUCCAGCCUUUCAAUUCGUCGUACGUUCGCGCAGCCGGCGUUGCAGAAAGUCAGGCAUCGACGACGGGAGGAAACCCUCCGGCUGGCGCGACGGGAGUUGGCGAAGCGGUCGGGAAUGCAGCGGCUACAGCAGGCGGCUUCUUCGGCAAUGCGCUGAAGAAGUUGAGCGCGGCGGCGGCUGCGGCGGGCGCGACUACAAUUGCGGCGUCCGCACCGCAUCCUACGGACCCGUCAAAGUUUCAGGCGAACGGUGUGAGGGCGGAUGCGGCUGCACCAAUCCAGGCGAAGCAGCUCACGCCGACACACCCGAACCCUUCGACGUCGUCAGUCGCUACGACCUCGACUGCCGUCUCUUCCGCCUCUACCGCCGUCGCCUCUCCUCCCUCUUCGCAGCAACCCGCUCCUCCGCCUCAGCCCUCCCAUCCUCUCCCCGUAUCCUCCCUCAAGCUCGUUCGUUUCCGCAUGUCGUCGCUCAAGGUCGUCUACCCUAUCAACCACGGUACGCUCGAAGCUAUCGCACCCGAAGAAGAGGGAGCGACGCGCGACCGAAUCGAGGAAGAGUUCCGUGCGAAGAAGGGGAAAGGGAAGGCGCGAAUGGCGGAUAUGUCGUCCGCUGAGAAGCCUGCGGAAGAGGAGAAGAAGGUCUGGACGGGCGAGGAGCUGGGGCGGUUGUAUGCCGAGUGCUGCAGGACGAGGGAGGAGCCGGGCAUUGAGCGGGUCAAGCGGGCCUUCCGAGAAAACCCGACCGCACCGCCCAAAGCGCUCGACCUCUCGCACGAGUUCCUCUCGCACGGCGCAGUCGAGGCGCUCUCCGACGUCCUCUCUGUCGAUUGGGGAUGCAAGAAGCUGAUCUUGGAAGGCUGCGGUCUGGAUGACGAGAGCGUGAAGCCGCUUCUGCAUGCGCUACUCGUCUCGGCCUCGAUCCCGACAGUCAGUCUCGCGGGCAACAAGCGGAUACGGAACCGAGGGUGGAAGCUAAUUGCGGUGUUCUUGCGAAAAGCCAAGUUCUUGCGAUACCUCGACCUCUCGGAAACCUCCAUCGACCGGCGAGCAGCAGAGUGGCUCGUCCAAGCGAUCACACCGCAACCUGUCGUCCCUCCUGCGCCGCCUCAGCCAUCGCUACCUGCCUCGCCAUCGAGCGAGACUGGACAUGUCGAUGCGGCGGGAAAGAAGGAUCUGUCGAAGAAGGUCGGCGGACUGUGGGACGACGACGACGAUUCGGACGCGGAGGAAGGCGCUCAAGCAGAAGGAGCGGCGAAGGAGGCUAACGAUGCGCCGGAAGGCGAAUCUACGGAGGAGAAGGCUGAAGCGGAUGAGCAGGUCGUCCCGCUGCGGCAUCGCGACCCGCUCUUCGACACCGCGCCUUUGCUGAAGGAGGACUGGUCGAGCGAGCCGUCGAUGGUACUCUCGCUUCGAAUGGAGAACUGCGGUCUGCGUGGUCCUGCGCUCGAGGUUAUCGCAAACGGCAUCCGAAGUUCACAGAUCAAACACGUCUCGCUGCGGCGCAACCGCAUCAAUGCAGCGGGCGGCGUCGCUCUCGCCGCCAUAAUCCGCGACUACCCCGUCUCCUCUGACCCUUCUUCCGCCUUCUCCCCCUCUCCUGCUUCCGCCACGCCGUUUUCCGCAUCUCUCUUCGGACAAUCAAAUGGGUCGAACGAUUCGCUAUCGACCGCGUCUCCUGCGUUCGAGGCUGGCAAUUCGGUCACGGCUCGUCAGCAGCACCGCGACUCGGACGGCGGACGGCAUCGCGCAUCAUCAUCUGCAACGCUUCUAGCGCCCGACUCGCAGGACGGGCAGGAGCGCCCAACAGCAAUGACGGAGCGAGAGGUCUUCCGGUUGAGUGAGGCGCGGGCAAGGUUGCGCAAGCAGAUCGACGGACUGCCUCGGAUAGGUGCGCUCUUGACGCUGGACGUCAAGGGUAACGACAUCCGGAACGGCGUUACGUACAUCGCGCAGGUCCUGAAGCGGAACCGCACGCUCAAGGUACUCAACCUGAGCGAGAACCGCAUUGAUGCGCAAGGCCUCAUCGUGAUCGGCGAGGCUCUCAAGUACAAUACGACCCUCGAGACCCUCGACAUGAGCCACAACCCUUGCUGCGGACCGACGAUCGAGGGCAUUAUGGCGCUUCGCUCGGCGAUGAUGGUCUCGCCAACCCUCAAGCGCGUCUUCCUCAACAGUACCGACCUCACGUCCGAAGGGGCCAUCGCGCUUGCCGAGUUUCUGCCUGAAGCGCGGUCCAUCCUCCACCUCGACCUCACGAGCAACCAGAUUGACAUCUCGGGCGUCAUGGCCCUCGCCGUGUCCAUCAAGCUGAACUCGACCAUUCGCUGUCUCGACCUCAACAUCCCCUUCGACGACCCCGACUUCAGCCGCUUCUCACAGGAGAUUCUCCUCCAGUGUGUCCGCAAUACCGAGCUUGCGCAAGCCAAAGCGGACGAAGAAGCUCGUGCAGCUGCGGACGGUUCGAAGCGGGUCGUUGUCGCGCAGCCUAUCCGCAAGUCGGCUCUCGCGAGCAGUCUCGAGGCGCGCCAGGCUGCCGAGGAGCGCCAGGAGAGGCGGCGGCAGGCAGCUCUGCGUACGCAGAAGGACAUCUUUGCCGCCGCUGCCGAGACGCGCGACGUGGUGGCCGAGCUGCUCGCCGUCGAUCAGCAGGCGGCUGCGAAGGGUAUCAUCGUCGCGCCGAGCGAAGUCGUCCGAGACGCCUUGCUCCAGGUGCAGCUGUGUGAGGCGCAGCUCGCCGAGGCUUUCACGGGUGCAAGACAGGGAGAAGAGCGGGAACGCGCCGAACUCCUCCUCACCGAGCUCUCCUCUCUUCUCGACCUCGCCAAGUCGCUCUACGACAAGCCUCCUCCCUCGCUUCAGCAGAACGGCGCCGGCUCGCCACACCUGGAGGUCCCCGAAGGCUCGUCAGCGGUCGACGUGCCACCACCCUCGUCGCCGACAUUCUCACUUCAAGGCUCAGACUCGGAGGACGAGGCGGCUGCGCAGGCUGCGAUCGACAAGAACGCCGGCGACGACACGGCCGAACAGACUCUCGAGGUCGACGAAGCGUCAAGCUCGUCCGACUUGGUCCGCAGCCCCAUUCAGUCGGAGUCGCGUGCGAUGGUCAUGGAGGAGAGCGAAGUUUUCCGCAAGGGUGUCGCGCUCGGAGUCGACGACGUGCCGAGCGAAGACGAGGAGGGCGAAGGCGAGGACGCGGAGGAGCGCAAGAAGCAGAGCGAGGUUAGCGGCGAGGAGUUGAGGAAAGAGAUCCUCGGGACGCCCGUGACUCGCAGCCCGCGCAACAGCUUUUCCGACGCUCAGGACAAGCCUCGCAUCGACCGCCGCGCGAGCGACACGAGCGACCGCUCGACCGUCUCCGACCCUUAA